AUGUAUCCUGUGAUAUUUCUGAUAACGGUAUUGGCAGCACAUAUAAAUGGUAUUGUGCCUACACAUAAUAGUGGUAAAGGAUUACGACCUUGGCUCCAAACCGGUCCACCUCGAUUCAAACAAAAUCAAAGAGUUGUUCAUGAGGUAUUCCUGAACGACAAAGCAAUAUUCAAGUGCACUGCACUAGCAAGACCGGCUCCAAAGAUCCACUGGUUCAGAAAUGGAGAAUUUUUGGACCACACAGCUUAUGCAAAUAAUGAACGCCUUCGUGAGAAUAAAAAACAUUUCUCGUUGGAAAUAAGGAGAGUGGAAGUCAGCGAUCAGGGUUCGUGGGCGUGCAAAGUAUGGAAUCAAGCCGGCUCUAUAUUUCGUAAUUUUACUCUAGAAAUUAUUGAUUUCUGUGAUUAUUUCUUCAUGCAUGAAUUUCCGGCUCAAAACGUUCCGGAAAAAUGCAUUUGCUUGUGGUAUCUUACGAACGAGUAUAGAAAGGAUGGCAUCAACUGGACUGAGGUUAACGAUGAGCGUUGUGAAGCAUUCAAAAAAUAUGCAUCCAAAAUUCGAAAACCAUUAGGGAAGAAAAUAUGUGAGAAUGGUGCCUGCGGGAAUGAGUUACUGGGAGUGGACACGCAUGAAGUUUUGCAAGGAGUUGGAUUGCAUGAUGCAAUGCCCAGUGAUAUAAUGCAUGAUCAACAGCAACAACUCAGUGGCUUAAAGGCGACAGCUCUUUUGUCCGAUCCGGUAAAAUUACUCGACUGGCUGGUGGCAAAUAAUUGGGUGGAUGUGAGUCAUUUGUUGUCGAACCUGUUAACACGGCAAAAAAUUGCCGCCAUUAAACCAGCACUGAGUGACUGGAAUACUUUAGAUACUGCUGAAAAACGUAUUCGAGCACGAACACUACUCCAACAAGAAAUUCCAGACAUCACUACAAGUAUCACAGCUAAUGGUAUUCAAGAUGUUGAUCCGGAAAGUAAGGAUGUCGAUAUUUUAAUAAACAACAAUGACAGCUCCUCCAGUGAAACUGAUGAGAAAAUUCUCGAAAAGUCACCCAUAGACUUCCUAAUGCAUGAUCAGCCAAGACCGGAUGAAUCGCGUGAAAUUCAUAUUCCUGAUAUUGCACCGAGAAAAGCCAAUGUUCCGACCCUAACAACAACGAUAUCUACAACAACUACAACAAGAAUGGCCUUUCUGCAUGCAACAAAUUCAAUGACAACACGCUCUACCACUCGGCGCAUUUUUCCUCUUCAAAAAGUACCACCAUAUUUCAAAGUUCGUGAUGAAGAUGCCGACACGUCGGUGAUAACACCUUCUGGAAGAACAAUUAAAUUGCAGUGCAAAGCUGGAGGACAACCGGAACCACAGGUUAUUUGGUUCAAUAAUAACAAGAAGGUAAUAACUACGGAAGUUCGAAGGCCAGUAGGAACUGAGUUCCGUCUACGAAAGAAUACAUUGGAAAUAGAAGAUGUUGCCGAAUCAGAUUCAGGUGACUAUACGUGUGAGGCAUUCAAUUCGGCGGGUUCAGUAACGCGAACUUUUAAAUUGAGAGUUGUCGAUCGGAUGCGCUCAAAACCGAUCAUCGUCCCAAAUAUUCUCGUAAAUCAGACUGUUGAUGCUAACAGUACUGUUAAUUUCACGUGCAAGGUAAUAUCUGAUCUAACACCACAUAUCGUUUGGAUGCGUAUUGAAAUGACCAAUGACUCCAUUUAUUACUGGAAUGAAACGGAUCGUAAAUACGUUUUCCGAUAUACUGAUAUGCAGUCGGUGGAGAAUGCAAUUGUAACGAAAAUAUCGCAAGAUUCAUCAACAUUAACAAUAGUGAAUGUAACAGUGGCCGAUCAAGGAAUGUAUGCAUGUGUAUCAGGCAAUCAUCUUGGUCAUGCAAUAGCAAAUGCAACUUUAACGGUCAACGAAUUUCAUGCGAUGACGCUUGCAACAGGAAAUCCGGAUAUGAAAUGGUCUCGUUCAUCUGCUUUAGCUAUCGUAUUUCUUCUUAUUCUACUUAUUUUCACACUGGCUACCACUCUAUUUUAUAUAUUUUGCAUUCGAAAACGCUCAAAAGCGCAAAUAGCUGAAAUGGAGCAAUUCAUUGGUCCGGUUAAAAAACGGGUCAUUGUUACAAAACGCCCAGUUGAUCCAGAAAACGAUGGUUGGUCUGAUAUGCCAUCGACUUAUCAAAUUCAUGUUGAACCAAUUG